GCAGAAAGUCCGAUCCACGGGGACGGGCGUUUCCGAAACGCGCAACGCGCAACGCGAAACGUCACGAAGUGUUACCGACUGUGACCCGUUACGCACCUUUUGUGGCCCGAGUACCAAGAAUAGCAAGCUGAGUAAGCCGCUUCAUUACAUCCAUUUGGCUUAUAUGCUGCUUCAAAGCCUCAGUAAGUAUCUUGGCUUUGCUACUAGCAGUAGUUGAGUCUGUAUCAGUGGGUGGUUGAUUUCUCACUGUGUUUCCGAGCGCGCGGGCGCCCUGCAACCCGAUUUGGAAAGUUCUUCCAAAUCAGGCAAUAAGCGCCUCACUUCGCGCGCCCCUCGCUACAUCCGAAUGAGUUAAUACUUAAAUCC